AUGACUCCAUUAUCAAGGAAAACCAUACAACAUUUCACCCAUUCUCAUUCAUUACGAGAAGUUUCAGCCGACUCCGAGAUCCUUUGCGGUGGUUGCAAGACUCUAGGUUCCAGCUUCCGCUAUGGACGUGAACUCUGUGAUUUUGAUCUCCAUGAUCACUGUGGAACCUGCCCUAUGGAACUGUGCAGCAUUUGUGAUUUCGAUGUGCACCCUCUUUGUACCCAAUUGCCAGAAGAUGUGCGGCAUGCGAUGCAUCCAUAUCAUCCUCUGAGGCUGCAACGAUCAGUGCCUGGCAAGUGCAUGGUCUGCAAUGAUACAUGCAAGUCUUGGCAUUAUAGAUGUGGGCUUUGCAGCUUUGAUCUUCACCUCGAGUGUGUCUUAUCACCUUGCAAGGGUGCAAUGCCGACAACGUCAACGGCUCGAUCUUUGAAAACACCAAUGCCACCACCUUCGCCUGUUUUCAGUCAUUGUUAUGGUUAUGGCUAUGGGGCCAAUCCAUUUCCACCACCUCCGAACUCUGCAUAUGCUUACGGGGUCCCUGUUGCACCACCCUAUUUUGGUCCUUAUGAUCAUGAUGGUUAUGGAAUCCUGUCUAGCUCGUUCCAAACCAACUUCCAUUGUCAGCAUGGUAAUAGCAGUCAAGGUCAAGGAGGUGCUGGAAAGGUUCGAAAGAAAAUGUAUGCAAUUGCUGGGAAACUGGCUCUUGGAGUGCUUUCAAACGUUGUGUUUGGAACCUUGUCACUGUGA